AUGCUCUGUUUUGAUUUUUUGCCGUUUUCUAAGGUGCAGUCACGUAGCAAACUACGGAAUCGUGAGGCUUCUGGAGCUUAUGAUCGACGUAAACAAUUGGAUCCUCCAUGGCGGCCCGAGGAUGACUACCUGCUUAUACAUUCUGUCUUUGUGACUUGUAAUCUGGCGGAGGUUCACUCGUGUGUUCGUUUCACCAAGCCAUUCUCCGAAUCAGAUAUUGAGCAAAGAUGGCGACUUCUUCUCUUCAAUCCUGUUGUAUCGAGCACAUCACGCGAAGCUAUCGCCCGUAUGCCACAAGUCGUUAGAUACUCGCUUGACGCCAAGAUACCUUUUAACGGUGACGAAGAUGCUCUCCUCAUGACUGUGUCUUACAACGACGUGUAUAGAGAAGGUUUCGAUAAAUAUACUGUCUUCUAUAACCUUCUUCACGAGCACCCGCAUGUGUUCUACACCACGAGGAGCCCCUUUCACCUGUACGCCCAAUGGAACCGCCUCAGAAGUUGCCAAUUAGUUUCCGAUGAAGGCAUUAAGAAGGUUUCAGAGGCUGGUGGAGACCCCGAAAGUUUUUCAGAUACAGAAUUCAUCAUUCAGGAGACCACAGCACGGGUUUUACAGGCUGGUCUCCCUCAUCUCAUGGAGCCAUCCAAUAUUGCACGGCGGAAACGGCUGCUGGGCUCGGCGGACACCUACCAUGGAUUUCAGGCUAGUGUGAGCCAGACAGUGGCGGAUUCGCUUGUGAAACGACAACGCUCAUCUUCGUUUUGUGUGGCUCCCACUUUAGGGGGUUCAAGUGGCGGGACAAAUCGUCUUUUAUCUCGAAGUCCUAGUUUAACCGGCAUGAAAAGUGACCCGGCUGGAACUGAUCAGUCAGAUUCCUCAAAUUCCGGUACAGAAGAAGCAGCCUCUCAGGCCCAAUGGGAGCGUUACCGCGCGAGGAAGCGUUUGCAUUCACGAUUAGCGCGCGUGGAAGAAGAGGCACGUCGGUGGACGGCUUUGGUUGAGUCCAAAGUAGCCAGUGGAACCAUCAUCUCCGACCGCCAACCUGUUUAUCCCACCCUUGCAACGCUUACCGGCCGGCGAUCACGAUUCCUUAUAAAAUGCAGAAAUGUAACUUUUGGUCGUGCUGUCCGCGAUUUCACUCCCGAUAUCGACUUGUCUUGUGAAGGCGUAGCAUCGCGUAUUUCAAGGCGCCAUGGAAAAAUCGCCCUUUCCGAUACCGGUGUUUUCUGGCUGACCAACUUCUCAAAACACCCAGUCAUAGUCGACGGAGUCCCCGUUCUCAAGGACAAGGAGUACCGGCUAACGGAUAAAUCUAUUGUGUGUAUCUCACACCUUUCCCUCCGCUUCGAUGUGGAACACGCGCACUUGUCAUUGGUGUCGGGUCUUCAAAAUCCCUGUGGUGUUGACAGCAUGCCGUUUUUACCCACCGAUGCAUGCUUUCAGGGGGAGAGGGACAUGCGUAACCAGCAGGACGAAUUUGAACAGACACCAUUUAAAAAUUUGUAA